AGUGACUGAGGCAGCCAUGAGUAGUCGAGAGGUGGUCUUUCUGAGUGUAGGCGGUGUGAGAUUUGUAACCCGGGCUUCCACCUUGCAGCAGUUCCCUGAGUCCAGGCUGGCACGGAUGGUAAAUGAUGAUGACCGGGAAUUUAAACUGGUGAAUGGAGAGUUUUUUGUGGACAGAGAUGGAGCUUUGUUUAGUUACAUCAUGGACUUCUUGAGGACUCUCCAGGUGUCCUUACCAACUGAUUUCUCAGACUAUCAGAGGCUGCAGAGAGAAGCAGAAUUCUAUGGACUCUACUCCCUGGCCGACCUCCUUAGCCAAGAACAUUUGCUGAAGCCAAGGCUGGAGAUCUUGGAAGUGCGUUUUUCUCUCCAAGAAAUGCAGGCCUUUUUCCGGAUCUUUGGUUCCUGCAGUACCACCAUUGAAGCACUAGCUGAGCAGAUCACUGUGUUUACAGGGCAGCAGUCAGGACAGGGCUGGAGCAGCCCUUUUCCUUCCCAGAAGCCACUUGUUCCACUUCCUUUGGAAAGACCCUCUCAUCACGAUCUGGUUUUUCUCUGUGGUACUGAGUAUUCUGCUGGUGACCAGUUUGUGGCCAGGUAUGUUUCCAUAAAGCCUGAUAAGAGAAAGCUGAUUAAUGGUACUAACGUGCUAGGCCUGCUGCUUGACACUUUACUCAAAGAUGGAUUUCGCCUCAUAAGCACCAGGACGGUUGCCAGUGAAGAGAAGGUUGAAUGCUACACUUUUGAAAGGAUGAAGAGGCCAGCAGGCCUUGCCAUCAUGGUGAACCAAACCCCAGGGGGCUCUGGGGUAGAACAGGCAAGGAGAAGCCAAGUACAGAAAUGGAAAUAAGGGCUUUUCCUUCCAUGUUUUGAAUGUAGAAGAGGGAGGUGUCAGCACUAGUGGUCUUCUUUGUUUUGUUUUGUUUUGGCUUGUUUGAAACUGCAGCUAUUGAGGGAAGUAACAAACACAUUUUCUUUCAAGUAUUUAGGGGAAAAAAUAGCUUUCUUGCCUUUGACUGCUCUACCCUCUUUAAGUAAAAGAAGCCCAGAUUCAAUACCGGGUUUGUGGACCAUAUUUCAGCAAUUCCAAGAGUUGUUUUUGUUUUUCCUCUGUGCCUAAAAUUUAAAUGAGGACUCGCAAAGCAUCAGCCAUCCCUUCCAGAAAAUUGUUUUUAUGUUCUGUGCUGAUCUGCAAGUAGAUUUUAAAAACAAGGUAAUACAUGAAGAAAUAACAUCUUGAUGCAACUGUCAUCCCAACAAUUAGGAGAAGUGGCUGGAGGAGGAAUGCAAACCCCAACAAUUGAUUAGUGCUUCCACUUACUGACUCUCUUGCAGUUGGCUGAGAGCAGUGUAAGAAUGUCCUGAGCUGUGCUGCUGUGUGGUUUUGUGAAAGCCAUCGUUGAGAUCUGUGAAAUAAUGUGUGUGACUGUCUCUUGCAGAACACUCUUCUGAGC